AUGUCGCGAGGCAGGUCCUAUGGCGGCUCCUCGAGAGCGGACUUUGGGAAUAUAAUUGGCGAUCCGUUCGCUUUGUCAACCAUCUCAAUAGCUAUAAUAGGAUGGCUGGUAGGGUUCGUCUCACAGAUGAUUGCGGACGCCGAUAAAACGAUUGGGAAUUUCCCAAAGUUCGCUUGGUGGUCGAUCGUCUACGUACUAUUCUGUAUAAUUGGGGUGAUCAUUGUAGUAUUAAUGGAUUCGGCACACAAAUAUCAGAUGGCUAUCGUGGGAUAUCUUUCAGCCGGGAUGGUCUUUACCUGUUCGGCUGCAAACACACUCGUUUACACCGAUAGGGGAACUAUGCAAGCGGCGGGUGCUGGUCACAUUAUCCUCUCCAUCGUCCAGAUUAUUUGGAUCUUCUACUUCGGGUCGACCCCCGACGCGUUAUCACACGCCUAUGUUGAUUCGUUCGCUCUGCACAAGGACCAGAAGCGGUCUCAGAGCACACACCCGCUAUCGCCUGGCUACCACGGCGACAGGCCGCAUACCAGCACUAGCAGCCAUCAUGCACCCCAGAUGUACACUAGUGCCCAGCUCAGCGGCUUCGAGACAAGCUCUCCGCAACCUGGUGCGCAAUACAGGGAGUCGAUUAAUAAGUAUGCUUCGCCCAACAGUGCGACACCCGCCCCUGGCCCUUCAACUACACCCCAGCCGCAGAGUGCGGCGAUCCAGAUCCCGCCGGACGAGGUCACCGCUCCCACCGAUUACCCGUACAGGGCAAAGGCAAUCUACUCGUACGAUGCCAACCCGGAGGAUGCGAACGAAAUCUCGUUCACAAAGCACGAAAUUUUGGAGGUUUCGGAUGUUUCUGGACGAUGGUGGCAGGCGAGGAAACAGAAUGGAGAGACGGGUAUUGCACCAUCAAAUUACUUGAUAUUGCUGUAA